UUUGGCGACUCUCUGUUGAAUCCAAAAUGCAACAUGUCCGGUGACAUCACCGCGGUCUCCGGGCAACCGAAUAAACAGCAGGAAACGGACAGAAAGACCGGAGCAACCGGAUCACUCACGGGAUCCGGACCAGACUCGGGAACCGGAUCACACACGGGAUCCGGACCAGACUCGGGAACCGGAUCACACACGGGAUCCUUAUCAGUGAAACCGGAUCAGUGUUAGGUUUGUGGCCGGAGCCGAUGUAGUGGCAGCAGGAGCUGGUCCCGGGUCACUGGGACAGUGAAUGGCCAGUCAGCCCAUGGGUCCCUACCUGCAGAUCAACCCCCUGUCCCCGUACGGGAAGGGGAAGGGCUCGGGGAAGCUGCCGCCCAUCGGCCAGGGGGGAGGGGAGUCUGCGGCCCCCUCCCACAGCAAGCUGGAGAUGCUGCAGGAGCGGCUGCGGUCCAGGUUGGAUUGGGAGCGGGAAGCCAAGCUGGCAGCCAUCUACCGGCAGCAGUACCAGCAGUCCCUGCGGCGACUACAGGCCGCCUGCCAGCCCUCUGACCACCCGGGCCGCCCACCCUGCCCACGCUCCAGGCGGGGCCCCGGCAUCGACCGUGCCCAUCCCCUGAGGCCCAUCGAGCCACCCGCCACGGACGGCCCCGCCUGGGACUGGAACAGCCUCGCCCCCCUGUGGCCUGGCCUCGCUCUCCGGCCCUCUCCCCCCAAAGCCCCCAACGAGAGGGGCCAGAGCAGCACCAGGGCCCGCGACAGGGGCAAGGGGAAGGGGCGGGAGAGGGACAGCGAGAGGGAGGGUGAGAAGGACAGGGAGAAAGCCAGGCCCAGAGAGAGGGGGAGAGACGGGGAGAGGGAGAAGGAGAGGGAGAGUGAGUGGGAAGGGGCUAGGGAGAGGGAGAAUGAGUGGGAGAGGGAGGGGGACCCCGUGCAUGCCGACAGUACGCUUCCUCUGCCCCUCCCUCGGAAGGAGCCCCAUGAGUCGGCAGCUGGGGGGGGGCAGGAGCAGGGUUGCCGGGCACCCCCUGGCCAGAGGCUGGAGCAGUUGGCCAGGAGCGAGGGUAUGAUUCAGCAACGGCUGCGGGUAAUCGAGGAGGAGCUGCGUCACAUCCAGAGGCAGCGCGAGGAGGUGGAGGGAGGGAGGGCAGAGGGGGAGGGAUCAGAGGGGGAGAGUUCAGAGGGUGAGAGUUCAGAGGGGGAGCAGUCAGAGGGUGAGAGGUCAUGGAGGUCAGGUAAGGAGAGGUCAAGGAAGGCAGAGGGGCAGAGGUCACGGAGGUCAGAAGGGGAGAGGUCAUGGAGAGAGUCAGACAGAUCAGAGGAAGUGAGGUCAGAAGUGGAGAGGUCACGAAGGUCAGAUGGGAAGUGGUCAGGGAAGUCAGAGGGGGAAAAGUCACGGAGGUCAGCAGGGGAAAGGUCAGGGAGAUUAGAGGAGGAGAGGCCAGGGAGGUUAGAGGAGAGGUCAAAGAGGUCAGCAGGGGAAAGGUCAGGGAGAUUAGAGGAGGAGAGGCCAGGGAGGUUAGAGGAGAGGUCAAGGAGAUCAGCAGGGGAAAGGUCAGGGAGAUUAGAGGAGGAAAGGUCAGGAAGAUCAGAGGGGGACAGGUCACGGAGGUCAGCAGGGGAAAGGUCAGGGCUGUCAGCAGGGGAGAGGUCAGGAAGGUCAGAGGAGAAGUCACGGAGGUCAGAUGGAGAAAGGUCACGGAGGUCAGAGGGAGAAAGGUCAGGAAGAGCAGAGGGGGAAAGGAGAUCAGAGGAGGAAAGGUCACGGAGGUCAGACUGGGAGAGGUCACAGAGGGAGAGGUUGGAGGGAGAGAGGUCAGACAGGAGGGGACGAACACAAAGGGAGACGGAACGAGGGAAGGAAGAGAGAGAGCGGACAAAUAGAGAAAGGGUCAAAAGAGAGGAGUGGGAGAGCGAGAGAUUGGAUGAGCUGGAGAGAGUGAAUGAGAGAGAGAGGGAGAGUGGGCGGGAGAGCAGUGAGUGGGAGUGUGAGAAGGAGGGAGAACGAGGGGAGGGAGCAGAGAGUUGCCAGUCCAACCCGUUUGCCACAGAGGGUGAGGAGCACGACCGGAGUGGGCAUGGGGCAGAGUCCCAGGAGGAGCAGGGUGCGGAGGAGGAGAGAACAGACUGGAAUGGACACUACUCUCCUGAGGAGAAGGCACACUGCACGCACUGCGGCCGGCGCUUUGUCCUGGACCGCCUCGCCACCCACACGGAGAUCUGCAAGAGGGUCUACAAACGCACACGCAAGGUCUACGACUCCGCACAGAAGAGAGCCAAGGGGACUGACCUGGAGAACUAUCAAUGCAGCCACAAGGUUCACCCCAUACCGCGUGGUGACUGGAAGAGGAAGCACGAGAGCUUCAUGCGGAUGCUGCAUGCGGCGCAGCAGGCCGAGCUGGCCGUGUACCGCCGCAGGAAGGCAGCACAGCCCGCCCCCCCGCCUGACGGGCUGCCCCUCGACCUGCGCCAAUGCCCCCACUGCAGCCGUCGCUUCCCCCCCACAAUCGCCCUGUCCCAUGUGCCCAAGUGUGCCAUCCUGCGGAGCCGCCCCGGGACCUCCUACAGGUAGCCCCCCGCUUGGGGAAUAACCACCCCCUGUGGAAU